AUGGCGUCGGAGCUGGAGCCUGAGGUGCAGGCCCUCGACCGGAGUUUGCUGGAAUGUUCAGCUGAGGAGACCGCGGGGAAAUGGCUGCAAGCAACUGACCUUACUAAAGAAGUAUACCAGCAUUUGGCCCACUAUGUACCCAAAAUCUACUGCAGGGGUCCCAACCCUUUUCCACAGAAAGAAGACACAUUGGCACACCAAGUUUUGUUGGGACCAAUGGAAUGGUACCUUUGUGGUGAAGAUCCUGAGUUGGGAUUUUCCAAACUUGAACAAACAAACAAACCUUCUCAUCUUUGUGGUCGUGUUUUUAAAGUGGGAGAACCUACAUACUCUUGCAGAGACUGUGCAGUUGAUCCAACUUGUGUUUUAUGCAUGGAGUGCUUUUUGGGAAGUAUUCACAGAGACCAUCGAUAUAGGAUGACAACAUCAGGAGGUGGAGGUUUCUGUGACUGUGGUGAUACUGAAGCUUGGAAAGAGGGUCCUUACUGUCAGAAACAUGAGCUUAACACCUAUGAAACUGAGGAAGAAGAGGAUCCUCUUGUCCAUUUAUCAGAAGAUGUGAUAGCAAGAACUUAUAACAUUUUUGCUAUUAUGUUUCGAUAUGCAGUAGAGAUACUAACCUGGGAAAAAGAAAGUGAAUUGCCACCAGAUUUAGAGAUGAUCGAGAAGAGUGACACCUACUAUUGCAUGCUGUUUAAUGAUGAGGUUCAUACCUAUGAACAAGUUAUUUAUACUCUUCAGAAAGCUGUUAACUGUACACAAAAAGAAGCCAUUGGCUUUGCAACUACAGUAGAUCGAGAUGGACGUAGGUCUGUUCGAUAUGGAGAAUUCCAGUAUUGUGAACAAGCAAAAUCAAUAAUUGUGAGAAAUACCAGUAGACAAACAAAGCCACUCAAAGUUCAAGUUAUGCAUUCGUCUAUUGUCGCACAUCAAAAUUUUGGUUUGAAACUUUUGUCUUGGCUGGGAAGUAUUAUUGGAUAUUCAGAUGGCCUUCGCCGAAUUUUAUGUCAGGUUGGUUUACAAGAAGGGCCAGAUGGUGAAAACUCUUCUCUAGUGGAUAGAUUGAUGCUUAGUGAUUCCAAAUUGUGGAAAGGUGCUAGGAGUGUGUAUCAUCAGUUGUUCAUGAGCAGUCUACUUAUGGAUUUGAAAUACAAGAAACUGUUUGCUGUUCGAUUUGCAAAGAAUUACCAGCAGUUGCAGAGAGAUUUUAUGGAGGAUGAUCACGAGCGAGCAGUGUCCGUGACUGCUCUGUCUGUCCAGUUCUUCACCGCACCUACUCUGGCUCGGAUGCUUAUCACAGAAGAAAACCUGAUGACCAUUAUCAUUAAGACUUUCAUGGAUCAUUUGAGACAUCGAGAUGUCCAGGGCAGAUUUCAGUUUGAACGAUAUACUGCUUUACAAGCCUUUAAGUUUAGGAGGGUUCAGAGUCUUAUUUUAGAUCUCAAGUAUGUGUUAAUUAGCAAACCAACUGAAUGGUCAGAUGGUCUGAGGCAGAAGUUCCUGGAAGGAUUUGAUGCCUUUUUGGAAUUACUCAAAUGUAUGCAGGGAAUGGAUCCAAUUACACGUCAAGUAGGACAGCAUAUUGAAAUGGAACCAGAGUGGGAAGCAGCCUUCACACUACAAAUGAAAUUAACACAUGUCAUUUCGAUGAUACAAGACUGGUGUGCUUUAGAUGAAAAAGUAUUAAUAGAAGCUUACAAGAAAUGCCUUGCUGUGUUGACACAGUGUCAUGGUGGUUUUACGGAUGGUGAACAGCCAGUUACGUUAAGUAUUUGUGGACAUUCAGUGGAAACUAUCAGAUACUGUGUUUCCAAAGAAAAAGUUAGCAUUCACCUCCCAGUUUCUCGCUUACUUGCAGGUUUGCAUGUGUUGUUAAGUAAAAGUGAAGUGGCAUAUAAAUUUCCAGAGCUCCUACCUCUAAGUGAACUUAGCCCACCCAUGUUGAUAGAACACCCUCUUAGAUGUCUUGUUUUAUGUGCCCAAGUACAUGCAGGAAUGUGGAGAAGAAAUGGUUUCUCUCUCGUAAACCAGAUUUAUUACUACCACAAUGUGAAAUGUAGACGUGAAAUGUUUGAUAAGGAUAUAGUAAUGCUUCAGACAGGUGUCUCCAUGAUGGAUCCAAAUCAUUUCCUGAUGAUAAUGCUUAGCCGCUUUGAACUUUAUCAAAUUUUCAGUACCCCAGAUUAUGGGAAGAAAAUUGGUUCUGAGACUGCCCAUAAGGAUUUAGUUCAGCAGAACAACACUCUAAUAGAAGAAAUGCUAUACCUCAUUAUAAUGCUUGUUGGAGAGAGAUUUAGUCCUGGAGUUGGACAGGUUAAUGCUACAGAUGAGAUUAAACGAGAGAUUAUCCAUCAGUUGAGCAUCAAACCUAUGGCUCAUAGUGAAUUGGUUAAGUCUUUACCUGAAGAUGAGAACAAAGAGACUGGCAUGGAGAGUGUGAUUGAAGCAGUUGCACAUUUCAAGAAACCUGGAUUAACAGGACGAGGCAUGUAUGAACUGAAACCAGAGUGUGCCAAAGAGUUCAAUUUGUAUUUCUAUCACUUUUCAAGGGCAGAGCAGUCCAAGGCAGAGGAAGCCCAACGGAAAUUGAAAAGACAAAAUAAAGAAGAUACAGCACUUCCACCUCCAGUUUUGCCCCCAUUCUGUCCUCUGUUUGCAAGUCUGGUUAACAUUUUGCAGUCAGAUGUCAUGUUGUUAAUCAUGAGGACAGUAUUGCAGUGGACUGUAGAACAUAGUGGACAUAUCUGGUCUGAGUCCAUGCUGCAAAGGGUAUUACAUUUAAUUGGAAUGGCACUACAAGAAGAAAAACAGCAUUUAGAGAAUGUCAUGGAGGAGCAUGUCAUAACAUUUACCUUCACGCAGAAGAUAUCGAAACCUGGUGAGGCUCCAAACAACUCACCUAGUAUACUAGCUAUGCUGGAAACACUGCAGAAUGCUCCCUACCUAGAAGUCCACAAAGAUAUGAUUAGGUGGAUAUUAAAGACUUUUAAUGCUAUUAAGAAGUUAAGGGAGAGUUCAUCCACCAGUCCUGUGGCAGAGACAGAAGGAACCAUAAUGGAAGAGAGUUCGAGAGACAAAGACAAAGCUGAGAGGAAGAGAAAAGCCGAGAUUGCCAGAUUGCGCAGAGAAAAGAUCAUGGCUCAGAUGUCUGAGAUGCAGCGGCACUUUAUUGAUGAGAACAAAGAACUCUUUCAGCAGACAUCAGAACUGGAUUCCUCUGUCUCUGCUGUACUUGAUAAUGGCCCUGUGGUUUCAGAUACGACUCUUACAGCCCUGGGCCCAGCACAGACCCGGGCCCCUGAACAGAGACAGUGUGUCACCUGUAUCCUGUGUCAGGAAGAGCAAGAGGUGAGCGCAGAAAGCAAGGCAAUGGUCCUGGCAGCGUUUGUGCAGAGAUCAACAGUGUUAUCAAAAGACAGAAGUAAAUUCAUUCAGGAUCCAGAAAAUUAUGAUCCAUUAUUCAUGCACCCUGAUCUGUCUUGUGGAAUACAUACUGGUAGCUGUGGACACAUUAUGCAUGCACACUGUUGGCAAAGGUAUUUUGAUUCCGUUCAAGCUAAAGAACAGCGAAGGCAACAGAGAUUACGCUUACAUACAAGCUAUGAUGUAGAAAAUGGAGAAUUCCUUUGUCCCCUUUGUGAAUGCUUGAGUAAUACUGUUAUUCCUCUGCUGCUUCCUCCAAGAAAUGUUUUUCAUAGGUUAAAUUUUUCAGACCAACCAAAUCUGACUCAGUGGAUUAGAACAAUAUCUCAGCAAAUAAAAGCAUUACAGGUUCUUAGGAAAGAAGAAAGUACUCCUAUUACUGCCUCAUCAAAGAAUUUAGAAAAUAUGGAUGAAUUGCACCUUCCUGAAGGAUUUAGGCCUGAUUUUCAUCCUAAGAACCCUUAUUCUGAAAGCAUAAAAGAAAUGCUAGCAACAUUUGGAACUGCUACUUAUAAGGUGGGAUUAAAAGUUCAUCCCAAUGAAGAGGAUCCCCGUGUGCCCAUAAUGUGUUGGGGUAGUUGUGCAUAUACCAUCCAAAGCAUAGAAAGAAUUUUAAGUGAUGAAGAUAAACCAUUGUUUGGUCCCUUGCCCUGUAGACUGGAUGACUGUCUCAGGUCACUAACAAGAUUUGCUGGAGCACAUUGGACAGUGGUGUCACUUUCAGUGGUCCAAGGACACUUUUGUAAACUUUUUGCAUCAUUGGUGCCUGGUGACAACCACAGAGACCUUCCAUGCAUAUUAGAUAUCGACAUGUUUCAUUUAUUGGUGGGCUUGGUUCUCGCCUUCCCUUCGCUGCAGUGUCAGGAUUUUUCAGGGAUCAGCCUUGGCACUGGGGACCUUCACAUUUUCCAUCUGGUUACCAUGGCACACAUUGUUCAGAUCUUACUUACCUCGUGUACAGAAAAGAGUGGCAUGGAUCAAGAAAAUGCUGCUGGUGAAGAAGAAGAAUUAGCAGUUCUUGCUUUGUAUAAAAUGAUUCAGCAGUAUACAGGAAGUGCCUUGAAAGAAAUGCCGUCUGGUUGGCAUCUGUGGAGGAAUGUCAGAGCUGGAAUCAUGCCUUUUCUGAGGUGUUCUGCUUUGUUUUUCCAUUACUUAAAUGGAGUUCCUUCCCCACCUGAAAUUCAAGCUUCUGGAACAAGCCAUUUUGAACAUUUAUGUAACUAUCUUUCCCUGCCAAACAACCUCAUUUGUCUUUUUCAAGAAAAUAAGGAGAUAAUGAAAUUACUGAUUGAAAGUUGGUGUCAUAACAUCGAAAUUAAAAGAUACCUGGAAGGUGAAAGAGACGCUAUAAGUUAUCCAAGAGAAUCUAACAAAUUAAUAGACCUUCCAGAGGAUUACAGCAGCCUCAUUAAUCAAGCAUCUAAUUUCUCGUGCCCCAAAUCAGGUGGUGACAAGAGCAGAGCCCCAACUAUGUGCCUUGUAUGCGGAACCCUGCUGUGCUCCCAGAGCUACUGCUGCCAGACGGAGUUGGAAGGGGAGGACGUGGGGGCAUGCACUGCUCACACCUACUCCUGUGGUUCCGGGGUGGGCAUCUUCCUGAGAGUACGAGAAUGUCAAGUACUGUUUUUAGCUGGCAAAACCAAAGGCUGUUUUUAUUCUCCUCCUUACCUUGAUGACUAUGGGGAGACUGACCAGGGACUCAGACGGGGAAAUCCUUUACAUUUGUGCAGAGAACGAUUCAAGAAGAUUCAGAAGCUCUGGCACCAGCACAGUAUCACAGAGGAAAUUGGACACGCACAGGAAGCAAACCAGACACUGGUUGGCAUUGACUGGCAACACCUAUAG